CUUUACGUCAUGUUCCUAGCGGAGUAGUUUUUGUAGAUUCUGUAUAUUUUUCUAUGCUCAAAUAAACGUUAUGUCUGAUUAACAUUUUUAUGUUACUUUACUUUUCGUCUUCGGAUAAUAAUCUUAACUUUAUAUACAAGGACAAUUUUGCUCAUAAUCUUCGCCUUCGCUUAUGCUUUGGUGAAGAAGCGAGGUGUAACGUUAACGAUAGCUAUUUUGCUAGCUAGUAUCCGUUAGCUAGCGGUAUCCAGCUAGCACGAGUUAUAUGUUUUUAAACGUGGAAAAUGUCGAUAGAACUAAGCAGAAAUCCAAGAGUGUGGCGGAUCUGAUGACAUAUAAGCGACGGGGAAGCAACAGUUCUCGAAGAUCAUCGAACCCUUGUUUGAAAAGGAAAUAUCUAGAAUAUCACCAACAGCAUCGCUAGCGAAAAACAAUAACGUUACGAAUCCUGAAUCCCUUUCAUCCACAACUGGGAAAAGCAAGGGGCAAGGAUCUAAAUAAAGGCCUAACAGCUAGCAAAGGGUGGACUAGCCUGGUGACCAGAGCCUCCCGGUAGACCGAAGGUAGGCGCAGCAGCCAGGAUCGGUGAACCCCGACGUCACCCCAGCUGGGCCCUCGUUCCAGCUUGAACCAUGUGAGGGGCAUAUCCAGCUGCCCAGAGAGGACCCCUCUCCCUCCCCCGGAGACAAGAGCUCCAUAGACAGGCGUGACCCCACAGGAGGCUCGCCCGACGGACCCCAGCGCCCGAGUGAAAGAGACUCUUUCCCCUCACCCCCCUUUCCUUCCCCCCCCAAUCUCCCCAUCCCAAACACAGAACCCUAACCCUCUCAAGGUCCUCGCCGUACCCUCACCGUACCCUCACUUGCGGUAUUGCUCGCCAUUCUUCAGCAACGUCGGUUUCCCGAGAGAGGGACCAGUCAUGAUGUUCCGUGACCAGGUGGGCAUCCUGACGGACUGGUUCAAAGCGUGGAAUGAGUGCGAGCAGACGGUGGCGCUGCUAUCACUGCUGAAGCGCGUCUCGCGCACCCAGGCUCGCUUCCUGCACAUCUGCCUGGAGCACUGGCUGGCCGACUGCACUGAGAUCCACGUGCUGGAAGCUGAGGCCAACAAUGCAGCCAUCGUCAGCCAGUGGCAGCAGGAGCCCAAGGAGAAGGCAGUGUCGCUGCUGCUCUCUCACCUGCCGCUGCUGCAGCCGCGCAACAGUGAGGCCAAGUGUGAGUACAUGAAGCUGCUGCAGAAGGUGCUGAGCCACACCAUCGAGAGCAGCCUGUUCGUGGAGGAGAGCCGACAGCUGCUCUCUUACGCGCUCAUCCACCCGGCCACCACGCUGGACGACCGCACCUCGCUGGCCAUGUGGCUCAACCACCUGGAGGAGCACCUGUCGGCGCGGCCGCCCCCUCCGCCUCCGCGGCUGUCGUCGCAGCAGGGCGGGCACCACUACGGGCACCUGCGGCAGGGUUCGGACGAGUGGGCCUGCCCGCCCGAGGUGCAGGAGGCGGCCCACGCCUGGCACGAGCAGCAGCAGGCGCCCUCCUCGUCCUCGUGCAGCUCGCCGGCUGGACAGAACGGACACCUGCCGUUCCACAGCCCCGGCGGUCUGCCCUCGCCCAUCAACAGUGCCGGCUUGCCGACCCAGCUCCAGCCCAGCCCGCUGAAGCGCUCCAUGUCUCUGAUCCCUAGCGGUCCGGUCUGUGGCUCCGAGUGGCUGAGCCCCUCGGACGAGCAGCAGGGCCAGGGGCUGCAGGGGAGCCGUCAGGCCACGACAGGCCCUGACCACGCGCCCCUCUCCCCCCAGAGCAGCGUGGCCUCCUCUGGCAGCGAGCAGACCGAGGAGCAGGGCUCCGCGCGCAACACCUUCCAGGAGGACGGCAGCGGCAUGAAAGACGUGCCCACGUGGCUGAAGAGCCUGCGGCUCCACAAGUAUGCCUCGCUUUUCUCUCAGAUGACCUACGAGGAGAUGAUGACCCUCUCCGAGCAUCAUCUGGAGUCUCAGAACGUGACCAAAGGUGCACGGCACAAGAUUGCCCUGAGCAUCCAGAAACUUCGUGAGAGGCAAAGUGUCCUGAAAUCUUUAGAAAAGGACAUCCUGGAGGGAGGCAACGUGCGGAAUGCGCUCCAAGAGCUACAGCAGAUCAUCAUCACGCCCAUCAAAGUGUACGCCCUGCCCAGCGCCCGGGAGGUGGACCCAGUGGCCGUGCCCACCAAGGGCGGGGAGGACAAGGAUGGUCCGGCCGAGGGUUUCCAGUCCAACAGCCCCUCCACCUGUGAUGGCGAGUCCUCCACCGCGCCCAUUGGAGACGGAGACAUUGCAGGCCAGUUCACCCGCGUCAUGGGCAAAGUGUGCACCCAGCUGCUAGUGUCCAGACCGGACGAAGAAAACAUCAGCUGUUACCUUCAGCUCAUUGAAAAGUGCUUGGCCCACGAGGCUUUCACCGAGACGCAGAAGAAGAGGCUGGCCUCCUGGAAGCAGCAGGUGCUCAAGCUACUGCGCCUCUUCCCCAGGAAAGCCAUGAUGGACAUGCCCAUGUACCGCCAGAAAGGCUGGGCGUACGGCUCCAACUCACUCCCCACAGCUGGCUCUGUGAGUGUGGGCUUGAGCCGGCGGGGGCAGAGGCAGUUUCAGAUGCCCCCAAGGGGGAUGCCGCCAGGCCGCAUGAACAUUAUAAGUCCAGGGGGCAUGGGGGGCACCUCGCCCCGACACACCCUCACCAACCCGGCACUGCCUGGCCAGGGCCGACAGAACCUGUGGUUUGCCAACCCGGGAGGCAGCAACAGCAUGCCCAGCCAGAGCCGCAGCUCUGUCCAGAGGACGCACUCGCUGCCUGUGCACACUUCCCCUCAGACCAUGCUCCUCUUCCAGCAGCAAGAAUGCCAAGUACCGGGCACAGACCUGGAGAUCAACCCCACGCUGGAAUCUCUUUGCCUCAGUAUGACGGAGCAUGCCUUAGGGGAUGGAAUGGACAGAACAUCAACAAUAUGAAAACCUAAAAGUGAAAAAGAAACUGGCAAAACAAGAAAAAGAAAAACACUUUGUACCUGAAUUAUGAGUGGUCCAGCACAUAUGUACAUGCUUAAAAAAACAGAAAAAAGAGAGAUGCAAGGAAAAGGAAGAAAACAGUCACUACAAAAAAUGACAAAAAACUAACUGUGUAUAUGUUAUCUGAUAUUUUUCUACUUUAUUAUACUUAACUAAGUUUAUUAUAAGUGGAAUACAAAUGACUAUUAUAUUACAGGAGAGAGUGUGAGUUAGAGGAGUGGAGGGUGGUAUAGGUAGUAAUUGCAUCAGCUCAGUUUGUUUCUUCUGCUGUAACGUGACCUUCCGAUUAGAAAAGGUCAAUGUGCCCCCCUACCCCCUUUGGCUCUGCAAGGAAAGAGAGUGAUUGGUGCUGUCUUAAAGGGGGAUUUCACCAUGCAUCCAUUUAUUUUUCCUCCUCUCUUCUCCUCCCUGUGAAACGUGCAAAAUGGGAGGCGGGUCAGUUUUGUAACCCCCUUAUGCACCCCAAGCUCCUCAGACGUGUGCGCAUGCGCACACACACACAAUCUACCAUCGUGCAUGGCUCACAGAUACACACACACACACACACACACAGAAA